UCACCACCGGGAAGUGAAGUGCGCGUUCCCGAUCUUCACUACACCAGCAGACAGCUGUCGCGCCCGCGCUUGAAUACCGGCUUCAGCCGGUAUAAAAUCUGCCAAGCUUCAGUGAGAGGAAGAGACAGAGAGCUGGCAGAUAACAAAGUGACUGCGGAUGCUCCAAAUAGGAACGAUGUUCUCCAGUUAACACAUCAACUAAGAAGCCAGCUAACGUUAGCUCUAAGUUAACUUACUGGUUUUUGUUUUCUUUCAAAUACCCAGUUUCUUCAACGUUUCGAAACGUCAGUGUCCAUCAUGACAGGAAUAAUGUCUGCCCUGAAGGGCUUAACAAGCCCCAAUGUGUACGAUGAGGUGCCUGAUGGAGGCUGGGGCUGGAUGGUGGCUGCCGCCUUCUUCUUCGUGGAGGUUUUUACCUUUGGCAUCAUCAAGAUUUUUGGGAUCUUCCUCCAGGACCUUAUGACAGACUUUAAUGAAACCAACAGCAGAGUGUCUUGGGUUGUCUCCAUCUGUGUCUUUGUUAUGGCCUUCACAGCACCUCUUUCCAUGGUGAUGAGUAACCGUUUUGGCUAUCAGCCUGUUGUCAUGCUCGGUGGUCUGCUGAUCAGCCUGGGUACAAUCACAACAGCCCUCACCAACUCCAUCACUGAGAUGUACAUUACCAUGGGAAUCAUUGCAGGCCUGGGUUACUGCCUUACCUUCCUGCCUACAGUUACCAUCCUGUCGCAGUACUUCAGCAAGCGCCGUUCCCUCAUCACAUCCAUAGCCUCCACAGGAGAAUGCUUCUCCCUGCUAGCACUUGCUCCAGCUAUGAAUGCACUGAAGGAGCAUAUGGGCUGGCGCAACUGCUUGAUCAUGAUUGGAGUUAUGCAGGCCUCAAUUAUCAUCUGUGGGGCUCUGCUAAAGCCAAUAGUCAUUAAACCCAAACCCGCUGCCCCAGACGGUUCCACAUCCCCCCUUAAAGAAGCGGAAUCCAAAUAUGACCAGGAGAAUGAACUCACCCGUACCUCUUUAGGCUCUGUGGACUCAGGGGUCCAAUCCGUCACCUCUUCACAGAUCAACCUGUCCGAGGGCCAGGAAUCUACAGAAGAGAACUCUGCUGAGAACAAAGCACUUAAAGAAAAGGAGGAAGAAGAAAACAAGCAACCAAUGCUGCCUGAGACCCCACUCAAACAGGAACGAGAAGACCCGAGCGCCUCUAGGAACAAGUUGUUGGACUUCUCUGUGCUCAGAGACGCCAGUUUCAACUGCUACGCACUGUUUGGCCUGUUCGCCUCUCUGGGCUUCUUUGCUCCGCAGCUCUACGUCAUCGAGCUAAGCGUGAGCCGAGGAGUGUCACGUGACAGCGCUACCUACAUGCUCUCGGCCAUGGCCGUGGCUGAGAUUCUAGGACGUCUGUCCAUGGGUUGGGUCCUCAAUCGCAGGCCCAUCCGCAAAAUCUACAUUCUGCUGAUUUGCACGGUGCUGCUCUGUCCAGUGCUGGUCAUCUUCACUUUUGUCACUGAGUUCUGGGGGCUCAUGUCCUGCUCCUGUUUCUAUGGCUUUCUGCUGGGCACCGUGGCCUCCAGUCACAUCCCAAUGCUGGCUGAAGAUGACGUGAUCGGCAUUCAGAGAAUGUCAUCGGCUGUUGGCGUCUAUGCCUGUAUCCAGAGCUUUGCAGGACUGGGAGGUCCACCUUUAGGAGGUUUUCUGGUAGACAUGACGGACAAUUACGGAUCGGCCUUUUACUCCUGCGCGGCUGGGAUGGGAGUCGGUGCUCUGUUUCUUGGGCUGGUGCGUCCAGCCAAAUCCGGCCUUUGCCUUUGGAGGAGGAGAAAUGACCAGCAAACAACAGACAGAGAUUCCAGCUCACAGGGUAGUGAUUAUGACUUUGUAGAAAUGGACAUGGAGAUUGACAACGGUCCUGCAAAGAGUAAACCUUGGCCAGUAUGAAAACCGCCUCACCUCAAGAGUAAACACUCUUAUCCUCCACUUGAAUGAUCAUCCCAAAGGCUAACAUACACAAACCAUGUUCCAACAGGGUAAAAUAGUCUUUAAGGCAAUUACAGAAUUUUUUUUCAUUGCACUUUUGCUGACCAUCCAAUCAAAAUCCCCAAAACAUGUUUACAUUCCUUGUGUCAUUAUUUAUUGAAAGGAAACAAGAGUUUUGAGGUUCUUUCCCAGUCAUAAUGUGCACUACGUACUAGUCUCCUCCACAGACAGACACAUUUUUAGAGAGGACAAGAAUUAAUCCUAUUAGGCAUUCAAUUCUAUACCUCUCAUUUACCAAAGUGUUAAUUAUUUCAUAAUUAUGUUGUUCACAAACCAUCACACCACUAUUAGUUCUGGCUUUAACGUCUAAAAAAAUGCAACCUCGGGUUGUUUUGCUGCUUCGAGUGAGGCCAUGAUGCGUAUGUAUAUCGCAUUAGGUUGCAUAAGCCUCAUUCAGAGAUGAAGGUGAGACAGGUACAGAGCUGUCUAGAGUUUCAGGGUUAUACGUCAUUCGCUUGCCUACAGAUAACGGGUCUGUGUUCAAUGGUUAACUAGUAGUGCUAUUGUAAAUGGAAAGACGGCAACAUCUCAGCUCAGAUGUUAAUGUAGCUCUGAUGAUAGCGCAGGGUUUGGACCACUUGGUCUUCCAUCAAGAGUAACCAAUCAUCAGUCAGAACAUGUUGAAUGAGGGAUGAGUAACACUGACCAGAUGUCAAAGGCUUCUGUCCUCUCAAUUUCUGCUCUGAGAUGUAGGCUGCCUAGAAACACAUUCAAGACUUUCUUAUGAAAAAAAUGGCUAUAGAAUUUUAUCGCUGUAAUUUGGAGUGCACCAGCUGUGCCUUGUCAAAGAAUUCUGUGGAAUUACGCAGAGCUUGUGACUUCAGACAGGAAGCUAAAAGGAGCCAUUCACAUAGCACCAGACGUCCUGUCUAUUGCACGUUUAUGUAAAAACAGCAGCACUGUAGAAUGCAAAAAAAUAUAUACACAAAAUUGCGAGAUUUGGCAUAGACAAAUUGAAAUUAAUGCAGAAACCACGAGUCUUGAAACAAGUAAAAAGCUGAAAUUCUGUUGAAUUGUCUCCAAACGCAUAAAACUUCUUUAAAAACAACUGUAUGUCAGUUUUUUUAAACCUUGAAAUACCAGCUUCAAGAUCAUUCUGAUGGUACACUAACUUCUAAGGCGGUGAAUGACUUGUUUCGUUCCCACUCGUCUGUUCUGGGAGUCUUCGAAAUUCUGCAAAAAGGGUGGAUUGCAUUAUGGCUGCAACAAAUGCAGGUGUACAGCUAUCCACUGCUAUUACAGACUGAUAUAUUUCCACUGACUUAACUGCAGGGAGCCUCCAAAGCCGCAGUCAGGGCGUCGGACUGGGGGUAAAACCAGUACUGAUUACCAGGGCCCCAAAGGAAGAGGGGGCCCUUGAAAAGUCUAGAAUAUAUAUUUUUUUUCAUUUGGGGGCCCAUCAGGACUGCCUAUGCCCGGGAUCUUGUGCAGCGCCCCUGGUCGCAGUAAUAUACAAAACUAUAUACAGUCGCUUUAACUUUGUUUUUUUAUUAAUGUGCGGCAAUGGUAAAAGUGGUCCGUAAAAAGUAGCGCAAUAAAACGUGUUCUGUGAGAACCGGCCUUGAAAACAUAAUACACUGAAUGAGCAACUUGACUGUAGUAUUUUUUUUUUUAAUGUGUAAUUCACUACAUGAAUGACAGAAUGGAUAAUUUGAUGGAGAGAAAUUACAGUUAUGAGCACUGUAUAAAAUGAAAAAAGAAUGAAAUGUAUUCCAGCACCAUGUACUGCACAGAAGAGUCUGUAGGUAAAUCCCAUUGAAGCACUUACCUAAUGACUUGAAAUCUUAUGUACCUCUUAUUGUUCUGUAAACUUUUAAUUCGUCAUGCAUGUAUUUGAAUACUGUUUAUUUAGGUUUGUACUUUUGAUGAGAAGACACAUUUUGUGCAUCUUUUCUUUCAUUUGUAUUUUUUUUUUAAUGUAAUGCUUCCUGCCAGUGAGAUCCUGCACUUCUGAAUUUUGCAAUGCCAGAACAUGUUCAAUGUAGAAUAAAAGCAAUGAUUUUUUAUAA